AUGACCAGUCUGGAGCCGGCGUGGAAACUCUCGUCACCGUUCGUCCCGCAGGUGUCAGCCAGCACCUGUGACGGAGGUGAUGGGCCAAUCGGACGCGCGGUUUCAGAUACUACGUCGUGCAGUGAAGAUGACUCCUCAACGAGGCAGCGGCGGCUUUGGGUUCGUGCCAUGGACUCUCACUGGAAGCUGUCUCGCAAAGAUUUCAAGCUACACCAGGAGCUCAGCAGGACGUUGAAAAGCACAUUGUACCGUGCGAGCUGGCAGGGUGUCGAUGUAGUGGUCAAGUGUGCUGGCUUACACGAUGAGGUUCAGUUCAACCAGCUUCAGUCCGUUCAGAGUCCACAGACUUGCCCCGAAGGCUUGCGAAGCAACGCGGAAGGCAAGGAAAUUUCGGACGAACUCUUACACGAGAUCGAUCUUCUUUCAUCAUUGCGGCAUCCUGACCUCGUGAUGUUCCUCGGGGCUUGCAUCGAUCAGCACUUGCCGAUCAUGUGUGUCACUGAGUAUUUGCCUGGGGGUGACUUGGAGCGCUACUUCAUGGCUCAACGAAAGAGCCAUGAUGUGGUUGUCUGGCGUCCCGGGCUUCGUCAGGUGCUUGACUGGAGUUCUGCUGUCGGGCGGGCCCUAAGCUUCCUUCACUGCCGUGAUGUUGUCCAUAGGGACCUAAAGCCCUUGAACCUGCUGCUGACGAAGCACUUGGAGAUCAAGGUGUCCGAUUUCGGCAUUAGUCGAUUGAUGGCACGUCGCGACGCCGAAGGAUACUCCAUGACAGGUGGAGUUGGGAGCUGGCGCUACAUGGCGCCUGAAGUGUUGAGGCACCAAGCUUAUGAUGAGAAGGUGGAUAUCUAUGCAUACGGCCUCAUCAUCUAUUUCAUGAGCUCUGGGAAGGCUCCUUUCCACCAGCUCGGUCUCGACCCAGAGGUGAUUUUACUUCAAUAUCGGGACGGGAAGGAGCCACGGCCUCUUGCAGCCGACUGCCACUCUCGCCUCCGCCCGAUCAUGACGGCGGCAUGGCAUGUCAUUCCUAAGGAGCGCCCUACAGCUCAGGACAUCGUGGAGAACUUGGACCUCGUUGCACGCAGCCCGGCAUCAUGUGGACCAUGCGCUCAAAUGUAA